ACCAAAAUGGAAACGGAAGUGUUGGAUGCAAACAAUCCCUUUUCAGUAGAAGGCGACGGCCUGAUUCUGGACCUGGGCCUAGAUACUGACAGCUAUGAUGUCCCAGACCCAGGGCUGCUCAAGGAAAAGAAUGAGUCGUCAUUUUCGGAGCUGGUCCCGCAGUUUUUUGCCAGCAGCUCACAGUGGCAGAACAUGACCCUGCGUGUCCGUGCACGCCAGCUGUGGCUGCUCCUACGUACAGGCCUCCACGACCUUGUGGAAAAGGAAAAGAGAGCUGAGCUGCACAUGGUGCACUUGACGCAUGGGCUGGAGCUGCUGCGCCGCCUGGAGGUGGCAGCUGGGCUGCGCUGGGUGGCGCAGGACCCAGUGGGCAGGUGCUUUGUGGUGCUAGAUUGCAAGGGCCGCCUGCACCUACACAGAGAGGAUGGCUGGGGCCACAAGAAGCUGCUGGCCCCUGUCCCCCUUUCAGGGCUGGUGGCAGUGCUGGGUCCCCUGGGCACUGUGGGUCGCUUUGUGGGCUGGGGCCCCACAGGGUUGUCCAUACUGAGGCCUGAUCUCAGCCUGUUGUGGCUGAGCGAGCCAGGGGUGGGCAAAGCACCUGGGCACGAGCCCAUUUGCUGCUUGCCGGUGCCUGACGCAGGGCUGCUGCUAGUGGCAGAGGCAGGUGGCGGCUUGGCACUCUGGAAGUUCUGUUCAGGGGGUUGCUGCCUGGUGCCUUGCGGGCCACCUCUACAGCCACCACCAAGCACGGUGGGUGCGCUGGAGAGCCUGGCUCUGGCACCCCUGCCUCCCCACCACAUCCUGCACUGCUUCGCUGCUUAUGGCUCCACUGUGCUCACCUUUGAUCUGCAUACCUGGGCUCUCAUAGAUGUGCGCCGGAAUCUGCACAAAACCACCAUCUCCGACCUGGCUUACUGCGGAGAGGUAGAGGCCAUGGUGACAGCCGCCCAAGACAGCACAGUGAAGGUGUGGGAGGCUGACUGGCAGAUCCGAAUGGUGUUUGUGGGACACACAGGCCCAGUGACAGCUAUGACCAUCCUCCCGAACACGUCCCUGGUGCUGUCGGCCUCGCAGGAUGGGACGUUACGCACAUGGGACCUGCAGGCGGCGGCGCAGGUGGGCGAGGUGGCGCUGAGCCGCUGGAGCCAGGAAGUGCCUUCCAGACGCGUGAACCGCCUGCUGGCACCUGCUGGCCCAGGUUGGCCGGUACUCUCCUUGCGUGCAAGCAGCGUGGAGCUGUGGCGCCUUCAGGAGCUCUACUCGCCUUUGGCACAGCUGUCAGCGCCAGUGCUCCACCUGCAGGCGGUGCCCCCGCUGCCGGCGCCUGCGCACCCGCCACUGCCAGCGCGCCUCGUGUGCGCGUGCGCCGAUGGCUCUGUGUACCUGGUGUCAGUGGCGACCGGGCGCACAGUGAGCGUGCUGCUGCUCGAGCCCGACGACUGCGCGGCUGCUGUGGCUUACUGCCUGCCACGCGAAGUGCUGUGGCUGCUGACACGCGCCGGGCACUUGGUGUGUGCCAACGCAGCACGCUGCCCCAUGCGCGUGCUGCACCGUGUGUGCCCGCCCCCGUCUCCAGCGCCCAGGCCCUGCUGCCUCCACCUCUACAGCCACCUCACAGACCCCAGCAGUGCCUUUGCCAACUGGGAGACGGUGCGCCAGCACAAGGGUGAGCUGUGCUGUAGUGACACGGGCCAGGCCUGCAAGGACAAGAACCGGUACCUGCCUAUGGUGGGGCACACCGAUGGUGCCCUGUCGGUGCUGGGGUGGCACUGGUUGAAGACGGUCUUCCGCACGGAGGCACACAGCCCCGGCCCCAUCACUGCCAUCGCAUCCACCCGGAACAGCGUGGUGACCUCAGGAGGAGACUUGACCGUGAAGAUGUGGUGUGUUUUCCCGUAUGCUGAGGAGAGCCUGAGCCUGCUGCGGACUUUCUCCUGCUGCCACCCAGCCAUGGCACUCUGUGCGCUAGGGAAGCGCGUCACGGUGGGCUUUGAGGACCCGGACAGCGCCACCUAUGGCUUGGUGCAGUAUGGCCUGGGCAACAGCCGGCGCUAUGAUCACCAGCCUCAGGAUGACCCCACGGACCGCAUCACUGGCCUGUGCUGCUGUCCCACACUCAAGGUGUCCGCCUGCUCCAGCCUGGACCGCACCAUCCGCAUCUGGACAGCGGAGAACCGCCUGCUGCGGCUUCUGCAGCUGAAUGGUGCCCCUCAGGCCCUGACCUUCUGCAGCAACAGCGGGGACCUGGUUCUGGCACUGGGCUCCCGCCUCUGCCUGGUGUCCCACAGGCUCUACCUGCCCACGUCCUACCUGGUUGAGAAGCUGUGCCAGAAGAUCCCAGACGUGGUAGAUGACCCUCCUCUGCCCCUAACAGGCCAGGAAUCACUAACCUCAGCCCAACUGCAGAGGCUCGCCAACCUGCAUGGAGGGUCCAGCUUUAGCACAGGCUUGUCUUUCAUCCAUCACCGGACAGCAACGCCUCAGCAGCCAGUGUUGGAAGAGGAUUUGGAAGCCCUUCUUGCCCGAGAUCAAGACCUUCAGCAGCUGAGACAAGAGCUGGUGGUGCCCGCAGCCCAGCCCUCACCCUCCUGGCAUCAGCGCCAGAAGGCCUUUGACAACUAUCUCCAUCUGAUCUACGGGCCUGGCCUGAUGGGCCUGCACGGUGGAGAAGAGUCCCAGCAGUGGGGCACCGUAGCCCUCACAGUGGAGAGGGGAACAUGGGAUGUGUGUGUCCCUCCCAGAGCUGGCCCCAGCCUCAGGCAGGCUGGGGUCCGCACUGAAGCCCCAACAGCGCCAAGAGCCCUGCCUCCACAGGACGAGGGUGCCCUAAGCCAGCACUUCACCCACCCUCCCCAAACAACCCACUGCAAGCUGCUGGCCGGCUCCUCUCUGAGCUGUGACCUGGGCCUCAGUCUGGAUCUGCAGCUACAGUCAGAGCGGCUCCGAGGGGAGAAGCCUGUGGCCCUGGACCCACCGUCCUCCCUUCUGCAGCACAGGUGCCCCCUGUUGCUGAAGAGACGACCCAAAGAACUUCUCUCCAACCUCGGGGGCUUUUUUCCUGCUGCUGUCGAGCCCUCCCGGCAUUGCCUGCAGCGGCCCGUGUGUUUCCCGGGUUGCAUUCCCAACUCCGUCGUGCUGCAGCAGAUGUGGCUGCCCGGGGAGGCCAGCGGCCAUGGAGCCCUGGAUCAGCUCACAGGGCACGGCAGACCCAAGCCAGGUGCCAGCCAGGACGACCUGUGGCAGCUGCGGGGCAGGACGCAGCGCCGAGCCAAGUGGCCGCAGCAGCUGAUCCGGCAGCUGGGGGAUGAGCAAGAGCGGGGGGAGGAGAGGGAGCCAGAGCUGGUCUGGUCCUCUGACCCCCUGAGCCCGCACAGGCAGCCCUCCGACCAGCUGCUGGGGCCCGAGGAGCCGGGGGCUCAGAGCUCUGAGCACCCCACCCCGAAGCCCGCACGCCCCCACGAUGGCACCAGGACGGAGGCCCACUUGCUUCUGCCCCUGCCCCACCACGGGCGCUUGCUCUGCGAGGCGCACUACGGGCAUCUGCCCAGGUUCCUGCGCUCUUUCGUCAUCCAGAACUGGUUCAAAAGGCUGCUCCCCAUCUUCACCCUGGAGGCAUACCCUGAGGUGGGCACGGUGGAGGGCCUGGCCUCUUUGUUCAUGGACCUGCUGGGUGAGGCCUCCUGGGCGGACCGUGUGCACGUGCUGCAGGCACUGCUGAGGCUGCUGCCCGGCCUGAGCAGCGACCUCUGCGGCCGGCUGCAGGGAAUCCUCGUGCACCUGCUCAACCUGGACCGGCCACCCAGCCUGGAGGACCAGACGCAGAAGCGGUUUGUGAUGCUGGCGCUGCAGCUGCUCCUGGCCUGCUCCCUGCAGUCCCGCGAGGUGGUCUUGGAGCUCAUGUCCUACUUCCUCUACUCACCUGCCCACUGCCGGGCUGAGCUCAAGGAGUUGCUGGGCAGGCUAGGCCUGCAGGACCCACAGGGCGUCCUGUCCAAGGAGAUGAUGACCUGGGUCCAGGGCCCAGACUGUGACAAGGCUGUACUGCGCGAGCGCUGCUGCCAGAAGCUGGAGGAGAUGAUGCAGCGGCUUCAGGGUCUCCCUGCUCCUCUCUCAGGGAACGCAGGCCUCUGUGACGGGGGAGGGCAGCCUCUGCCUCGGGCCUGGCGUGCCCUCCACUGGCGGCCUUCCCCACAGAAGGAAGUUCCGCAGCCGCCUAUAGCCGAGAUGCCAGAGAUGCUUCCCAGAGUUCCCGAGGCCUCGGCACCUCUCCCUCCUCCCAAGGAGGCCAUGUCGCAGAUUUCCAUGGCCUCUGGGGCACCCGUUCAUAUCUCUGUGACACCCCCAGUCCAUUCCUGGACACCUUCGCUGGUGGUCUCGCCUGGGGAGCCAGAUGCAGCCGCCCCAGAGCCCCCAGCCCAGCAGAUGCUCUCACACACGCAUGUCCAGAAGACCAGACGUACGCUCUCCGAGACGCUGCUAUGCUUCUCUUCCUUGCCUGAGACCCACCUGCGAUCCUCCGUGCCGGCCGCCCUGCCUGACAAGCCCCUGCCGCUGGAUCAGACUGACUGGCCGCAGUCCCGGAUGCUGGACCUGGGGCCGAUCGACGCGCUCAACUACUUCUGCCAGCAGCAGCAGCAGGCCCGGCAGCAGGUCUCCUUGCAAGAGCCCGAGAGCCUGUGCCCGAGACCUGGCCCGCGCCCACUGGAGCCCGAUACAGUGGUGCCACAGCCCUGGGAUCACCAGCACCACUCCAUCCUCCGGCUGCAGGAGGCCAAGGUCCCGAGGUUUCCGAGGAGACAGAGGGGCCUGACGCUGUCCCGGCUCGGGGUGGGCCGCACCCUCGAGGGCUCCAUCCGGACGCUGAAGCUGCCACUGCCUCGGGUGGAGCUGCAGCCAUUUCCCCCAGACUGGCCCAGGCCCGCCCGCCCACUGCCCCCACUGCCCCUGCAGCCGACCCUGCAGCGCUACUUCCUGCCAGGCAACAUGGCUCCUGACAGCUACAGCUAACCUGGCUGGGGGCCCCAGCCUCCCCUCCCCUCCAGAAUGGAGUUGGGACACAACUCUUCACUCCUGGCCAUGUUCCAGGCUAGAAUAAAAUGCAGAGGCUGCGGCAAGCAAACUGGAUGCCACCUCCAUCUCUGGGGACCACAGCAGGAGCUGGGGGCCUGGUGGAGUCGA